GCAAAGCCUCGUCGCGAAGACACAGCUAUUUACCUCAGACCUUCCAGCUCGUCAAUAUAAACGGUCGACAGUCGACCUUCAACCUGCUACCGUCAACAUGAACGGCGACAGCUACUCAUCAAGAGGCAUGGCACCUUCAUCAUCGUCAACAAAAGUUAAACAAGAAGAUGGAGCUACUACUGACAAGCAAGCAUCAAUAGAUUCUGGUCGGCACGGCUCAUCCAGAGAUUACCCCUCUUCACGAGACGAUCGACGCGGCGAACGAGGAGGAGAUCGCGACAGACGACGUUCCCGUUCUCCCGGGCAUCGAGGCCAACGCCCAUCCCGUCGCGAUGGCGAAGUAGACUCUUAUUCUACCAGCCGUGACUACAGAGAGCGAGAGCGAGAAGAUAGAUACUCUGGCAGAGAUAGAAGGGGUGGCGGAGACAGGGAAUGGGACCGAGACCGAGGCUCUUCAAGGCGUGAUGCACGAAGGGACGAUGAUGACAGACCACCGAGGAGGGACAGAGAUUUGUUCGAUGACCGAAGAGGGGGUGGCGGGCGUCGAGGAGGCAGAGGGGGUGAACGUGAUGAUUUUGGAGGAAGAGGAGGAGAGCGCAAGAAGAGUGCAUCACCUCCACCCAAGAAGAAGGAGCCGACCCCAGACUUGACAGACAUUGUCCCAGUCUUGGACCGCAAGAGGCGUCUUACCCAGUGGGAUAUCAAGCCCCCUGGAUACGAAAAUGUCACUGCAGAGCAAGCAAAGCUUUCUGGAAUGUUUCCUCUUCCUGGAGCUCCCAGGCAGCAGCCUAUGGACCCGAGUAAGUUGCAGGCAUUCAUGUCGCAACCCAGUGGUUCCGUAACCAAUGCUGCCCUCAAGCCUUCCAACUCCCGUCAAGCAAAACGCCUCCUUAUCCACAACCUUCCUCCCUCGAUUAACGAAGAAGCCAUCAUCAACUUUUUCAACCUACAACUCAACGGCCUCAAUGUUAUCGAGGGAUCUGACCCUUGUAUUUCGGCACAGGUCUCAAAGGAUAAAUCCUUUGCUUUGUUGGAGUUCAAGCAAGCGUCGGAUGCAACCGUUGCUCUUGCUCUCGAUGGGAUAACCAUGGAGGAUGACCACAUGAAUGGAUCAUCCAAUGGCGAUACCAAAGGGCUAUCAAUUCGUCGUCCAAAAGAUUACAUUGUUCCUGCGGUCACCGACGAGACACCUUACGAGCCAGGAGCUGUGUCAAACGUGGUUGUGGAUACGCAAAACAAGAUACUCAUAUCUGACAUUCCCCUCUAUUUGACUGAUGAGCAAGUUACUGAGCUUCUGGUCUCAUUUGGAGAAUUGAAAGCCUUUGUUCUUGUCAAAGAUGCUAGCACUGAGGAGUCACGAGGCAUUGCUUUCUGCGAAUAUGUCGAUCCAUCAGCAACAGACAUUGCAGUGGAAGGCCUCAAUGGUAUGGAGCUUGGAGACAAACACCUUAAAGUGCUCAGAGCUAGUAUCGGACACACACAGGUCUCUGGUCUCGAAAUGGGUGUCAACGCAAUGUCUAUGCUUGCUGGUACUACUUCGCAAGGUCUGGAUGAAGGUCGCGUUUUACAAUUGCUCAACAUGGUCACUCCUGAGGAGCUCAUUGACAACGAAGACUAUGAGGAAAUUUGCGAAGAUGUGAAGGAGGAGUGUGAGAAAUAUGGCAAGGUUCUUGAUAUGAAGGUACCUAGACCUACCGGCGGAAGCAGACAGUCCAAUGGUGUCGGCAAGAUUUUCGUCAAAUUCGACACUCCAGAAUCUGCAGGCAAGGCACUUCGAGCUCUGGCCGGUCGAAAGUUCGCUGAUCGCACCGUUGUUACGACAUACUUUUCGGAGGAAAACUUUGAAGUCUCUGCUUGGUAGUUCCCCUUCCUCAACACCAUAUACCCAAGCGUUCUUCAAGUUGAUUCUGGAGAUUGCUCUCAGGAUGCUUCGUGCCAUGAAGAUCUGGACAUCACAAUAAUCCAGAGCCAAAUACCUCUGUACUUUUAGAUCCCGCCCGUUGGCUCAUGACCUUGAAAGGAGUAACAUCAAAAAGCAAAUUAUUGAAACCCGCCAAGUUGACUAUUAUCAAACCUGAUGCAUAUGACUGCUGCGAUCGAUGAACAAAAGAAUGAAAUGGGCUUUCCUUUUCCGGUGUCCACAUGGCAUUGGAGUGCCCAAAGCUCUCAUAACGUGAAGAACUUAGAAGAACUUUGAAGGAAAGGCUCGCUCACUCAAAUGAAGAGGGUUUGUUAGAAUAGACGGGCGUGCUUGACUGAAUUCCUCAACCUUAAUCACUUUCGCACAGACCGCAGACACUUUGGCAAAAAUUUUAUGAUAAUGAUCAAAUAUCUAAAAG